CCUGCGGACAAUCCAGCGUUCAAUUUCAACUGACGUACACAUGUGACAGGUAAACGAAUAGAUAUCGAUAUAUAAACGAAAAGUUUUUAUCGAUGCAUUUCUUCUUUCUUUAACCUUUCAAUUUAUACAAUUUGGACAAAAAGUCGUGUACGAUUUUUUCUGGUUAUACAGAUCGACUUAUGCGCCCUGUUAUCGUCCAACUAUACCAAAUUGUUAUCUUUGUCCAAAACCAAUUCGAAAGACGUGUUGCUGUCUAAAGUGGUACGACUGUUGUGGAAAUCCAAUUUUCAAAAAUUGUUCCUAAAAGCGGAAUAUAAUUUUUCAUCCAAGUUAAUAAAGAAAAAAGCGACAUCGUUUUAAUAUAAAAAUUCACGGAAGAAUGAGUGGAAAAAGCAGGAUUUACGGACACUUAUCUGAAGUAUGUAAUUUUAUCUCGAAAUAGUCGAAUGCAAAAAAAGGAGGAAAAAAAAAAAAGAAGAAGGGAAAGACAAAGGCAAGCAGACACAUAUAGACGACAAGGACGAAGCAUCAGUUUAUCAAAGAACUUUUUUCAAAAUGUAGCCAGUAAUUAAUACUCGUCCAGGUUUCUCAUGGGUUUUUCUUUCUCCGUCAUAAAAGCUUGAUCGUAAAUCUGGGAGGAAGUUUCAACAAGGAUAUUUCCUUUAGCUCCGUAGUAUUGUAUAAGAAGAAAAAUGUCUUGUCAGAGUAGCUGUGGAGAGGCAAGGCGUACGAGCACUUUACCCCCGCCGUGCUGUCAUAUAAGACCAGCGCCGUUUUGCUGUCCAAAGGAUGGUUGUCCACCGAUGCAGCAGUGUCCACCUAAGCGAUGCUGUCCUCCUCCUCCCACGUGCUUGCCAUUAAUCUGCAGAGAACGGCCCUGUCCUCCACCACCGCCACCGACCGUAUGCGUAGCGGGACCAUGUCCGAUACGACCCUGUCGAGUAAAAUACGAAUGUCCGAGACCUAAAAUAGAACCACCACCGUCUUGCGUUCGAUUCUGCAUACGUUGCACGUGCGAGGGAUCAACUUAUGCUCCUUGCUACUUCUCAAGCCUGCCGAUGUGUCCGCGUAUCGAUUGCUGUUAACGGGUUACGUUGGUGCAUCGUUUGCGAUUUUAUCAAAACAUAUAAAUUCGACUUACAUAGGGAGUAUUCCUAUAGAGUUUCAUUUUGAUGUAGUGCAAUAAGAGAAAUUCGAUUAA